AUGGAUCUACCGGACAGCACAAUGACCGACACGAAACGCGCUCAGAAUGUCUGUCAUGCCUGCAUGUUGCGGAAAAAGGCAUGCGACAAAGCCUUGCCCGCUUGUAGUUUCUGCGCCAGCCGCCGGCUGCGAUGCAGAUACGAUAUCUCGGUGCCUAAGGGUAAAGACCGGCGGGCGUAUAAUGCAGGCAGACACUUUGUGCCCCUUCAAUCCCCGUCUACUCCGAGUGUCUCCCCCCAGGCUAAGGCUAUGACGCGACACCUGCCGUCCCCCAAGAGCCAAAAAGAUCCUACUCCUACUCAACACUCCAGUCUUUACGUCUUGCCGCAGUCAGUGGAAGAAUCGCUCAAUCAGCUGGCCCACCACUGUACCGAGCUUACCAAGCUCACGUACGAUAACAUCCUCGACCGCUACUUUCAGGCCUUUCAUACAUGGCUCCCUGUAGUAUCGCCCGACUCUUUCCGCCGAGAAGCGUCACGGUAUCGAGAAGAAGGACGUCUUCCACCGGCAGAUUUCACAGUUCUACUUCUCGCCAUGUUGCUGAUUGUACUUCCUGCCCAUGAUCCCUAUUUGCGAUCGCCUCGUGCAAGUCAAGAGUUCCUCUACACGACCACUAAGUCGGCCUUCUCUCAAGCUCAGGCCUCUAUCUGCACAUCUCUGCGACUAGUCCAAGCGGCGCUCCUCAUCGCACUACGGGAAUACACAUCCGUCCGCCCAGAGGCUGCAUACAUCUCCAUGAUGACUUGUGCCGGCUUGGCACGGACUCUGGGAAUUGGAAUAACUUCGGUGAGAACUACGAGAGACGCACAAAAAACAAGUGACUCCCGACUGGAGACGAUGGAGAGGGAGAAUCUCGCAUGGGCGAUUGCGAUACUCGAGAGGUACGAGUGA